GUAAAAUAGGAAUGCCGCUUAGCUGGGCCAUAACUUCCAUUCCCCUCCCUUUACCAUGAACCGUAAUUAUACAUCCUUGCUUGGGCAACCGCUAAGAAGUUUACAUGCGGUAAAGUAAGCAAGGCCACAUUGAAUAAAAAAAUCUAACACUUGUGAACAGUAAUCUUCGCUUAAAAAAGUAAUCCCUAUUUUAUCGUAUGCAACAGUAAAAAACUUAUGGCUUAAUUAUUCUAAUUUUUUUUAACGAUUACAUAAGAAAUAAUUAUCACUUCAUAAGUUUUAUGUAAUGUAUUUGUAAUUUACAUAGCUAUUAUGGAACAACAUUACAUAAAUUUUUUGUAAUGUGUGAUUUAAUAAUAAAAUGAGGUUAUCAACACAUUACAUUUAAUUAAAUUAUAUAAAACUUAACUUAUGUACUUCCUUCAAUGCACCUGUAAAAUAGGAAUGCCGCUUAGCUGGGUCAUAACUUCCAUUCCCCUCCCUUCACCAUGAACCGUAAUUAUACAUCCUUGCUUGGGCAACCGCUAAGAAGUUUACAUGCGGUAAAAUAAGCAAGGCCACAUUGAAUAAAAAAAUCUAACACUUGUGAACAGUAAUCUUCGCUUAAAAAAGUAACCCCUAUUUUAUCGUAUGCAACAGUAAAAAACUUAUGGCUUAAUUAUUCUAACUAAUAAUAUGGCUUAAUUAUUCUAAUAAUCGCACGCGGGUUCAGAUUCGACUUUUUUGGACUUGACAAAGGAUCGAGGCCGGUGGUUAUGCGUCUCACACGAAACAAAAUUCAAAAGGUCAAUUCGUCGGUUAAAAUGAAAAUGAUUAUUUAACUGAUUGAAACCAUCUUUUAUUGAAGGCAAAUAUGCAAUUAAGCAUAAACCACAUGUAAAUAGGUAACCUGAUCAUUAUUUUCCUUCUAAUAAGUAAUUACUACUAAUCCUUAAUGUUAUCCCCUCCGCUCAUUUAUUAAUAGCAAACUCCAGCAUCCGCUACAAAAUCGAAACCGCGCUGAUCAGAAAACCAAAAAAGAAACUCCAUAUAAUCAUUCACCUCCCUGGAAAUCAAAGCAAAUCCAAAACGAGGAACCAAAUUACGCAGAGAGAAAACACAAACAAACAAACAAACAAAAAUGGGGGUGGUGCUAAUCGACGGGAACACGGUCCGCGACUUCGUGGCGAGCGAGGACCACUUCAACCGGAGCGUGGAGGAGACCUUCGCCCUCCUCGACGUCGACAAGGACGGCGUCCUGUCCCGGUCGGAGCUCCGCCGCGCGUUCGAGAACCUCCGCCUGCUCGACGCCGACUUCGGGGUCGACACGCCGACGAAGCCCGACGAGGUGACGAAGCUCCACAAUUCGAUCUUCGACAAGUUCGACGGCGACCACAACGGGACGGUGGACCUGGAGGAGUACCGGUCGGAGGUGCGGACGAUCCUCCUCGCCAUCGCCGACGGGCUGGGGUCCAGCCCGAUUCAGAUGGCGCUGGAGGAUCACGAUCACCAGAGCUUCCUCAGGCGAGCUGCCGAGCUCGAAGCCUCCAAACUUGCCAAUGUCAAUCCUUAGAUGAUUUUUUUUUUAUUUUUACUUCUGUUCGUUCGUUUGCACCUCUUUUGAUUUGCAUUGCAAUCAAUACCUGACCACCUAAACUUUUUGUAUAGUUUAAUUAAUUCAUUGUGUUCUAUGAUAUGUUAAUGAAUUUGAAAUGAUCUUGUUCAAUAAACGCCAUAUCAAGUACCAAAAAAAAAUUAAUCUUAAUUAUUAACUUCAAUAAUGUUACCAUAGUUGAGAAAGUUGAUAGUCCCCCGGUUUAUGUAUGUGAAAUGUUCAUUUGCGGAUAACAAACCGAGGAAAGACGACAUUGCACAUCGGAGGAAAAAAAAAGUUCUAUUCUUAUUUAACGAUGAUUCUAACAUGACAAGGAAGAUCUUAUGUGGUAAUUUAAAUGGAACAAUGUGGCGUUCAUAUCAAUACUUUGAUUUCUGCAAUGAAUCGACUCUUUCAAUCGCUUAGACAAUCAUCUAUUUCGCUUUUUUGUGCAUCCUUUCUAAAAAAAAAAUUAUUGAAUUGAUAUGUGAAAUGACAUGCCAAUUCGUAUCUCGUGUAUGGAAGGAAAAAAAAUAUAUAUUAGUGAGUUUCCUCGAUGCUUGCCAUCGCCGCGAUUCAUCCUCCUCCUUAACAACCUCAGAAUCACCUUGUGAUAUAGACCCUAUGUUUGGCCCGGCUUUUAGAAGUGCUUUUAAGCUUCAAAAGUUGAAGCAGGGCCAAACACCGGUAAAAGCUCGGCUUUUGAAAAGCCGAAAAGCGCUUUUGUAUAACAUAAAAGCAGAAGCUCCGAUUUGGAGCUUCUGCGAAAAGCUGUUUUGAAAAUACAAGAUUAUCCUUACCAUAUUUUAAUUUUAUUUCAGAAAAUAUAAUUUCCCUUCAUUUAUAUCAUUUUAAAAAUAAAUUAUAAAAUCAUAUUAUUUAAUAUAAAAUAAAUCUAACAAGAUCCAUUUUGUUUACUUUUUAUUGUUUAGAAUUUUUAUUCAUAUUUUAUAUUAUAAGUCCUUUAUAGUCAUUUUACACAAUCUUUCAUAUUAAAAAGCACUUCUAAUAGUUUUACAGCCAAACACUCAACUGUUUUUUUUAAGUAUUUAUUUAAAAGCUCCAACCAAAAGCUGCUUCUGUAAAAGCUACCGCAGGGCCAAACUAAGAUAGAGUACCCUACCGCCUCAUUUCGUGAAGGUUAAUUUUGGGCUAAGAUCAGUUGAAUAAGGGGGUCCCUUAGUCAUAUGACUAAGCCAAUCUCAGUCAUUAAAGUUCAUUAAAAUCUAAUGGUUCAGAUUUAUCUAGUUUAAUAAUGGUAAGGUAGGAAUUACUUAAUUUAUUUAUUUAUUUAAUAAUUAAAAUAAAAUAGAAAAGGGCGUUCCCCUCCGCCCUUCCUGCCCGCCACCGGUCCUCGAAAUGGGAUUUUUAAGGUCCCAAGUGCCUUUUUCCGUCCCCAACACAGAGAGAGAGGCAGAGAGAGAGAUUUACAGCUAAGGCGGAGGAGGCUUUUUCGGUGACUGGAGACGGCAGGCGAUGAUUUCCCGGCGACUGGAGAUGGUAUUUGAUGAUUUUCCGGCGACAUUGUUGAAUUUGUGAUGUUUGUCCAGUUAUUUUGUAAUGUUUAUAAAUCUAGUUUGUAAUGUUUAUAUCAAUUCGGUUUGUAUUGUUAAGUAUUCUUGUUUGUCAUCUUUCUCUAUUACAUUUGUAAUGUUUAUAUGACUAUUUUGUAUAUAUUGUAAAUUGUAAUGUUGUUUUAUUUUGUAUAUAUUGUAAUUUGUAAUGUUGUUUGUCUAGUUUGUAUACUUUUAUGUUAUGAUUUGUAUGUUUUGUAUUCAUUGAUUUGUAAUACAAGUUUACCGAUUAGUAUUGUAAGUAGUGGUAUUCUAUAUGGUUUGUAAACUUUGUAUGCUUUGUACUAUUUGUCAAUUUCUUUUGUUUUGUAAUGUUUGUGAGUUCUUUUGUAAUGUUUGUAAGCUUUGUUAUUUUUAUCUAACAUGUUUGUCAUUUUUGUCAACCAUGUUUAUAAUGUUUUUUAUGUACAAAUUAAUAUUACAAAACAUACAAACUAUACAAAUCAUACUGACAUUAUGUACAAAAAUACUAACCAUACAAACUGACAACACUUGCAUUACAAAUCAUUGUUCUUCCCUUACGAUGUCGAGAGAUCCGUCGCCGCCGCCGACUCUUUCCACCGCCGUCGCUGACUCUCUCUACCGCCGUUGCCACCUCUCUCUCUCCAUCGUCGCACCACCUCUCUCCUCCACCGCACCGACGCUCUCUCUCCGCCGCCUCUCUCUCUCUCUCUCUCUCUCUCUCUCCUGAAAUCAUACCAAACCACCUAAAACCAAACAAGCUAAAAAUUUUAGCCAAACCAAACCAAUUAUCGAAAUUAACCAAACCAAAUUAGCAAAAUACUACUGGUUAAAAUGGUUACCAAGGUAACCACACCGUUUGAACACCCCUACACGUAAAUAUUGAUUUCAUAUUUUCAUUGCAUAUUAACCACUUACGUUUUUUUAGUUGCAACUAAACCAUAUAAAUCGAUUACUGGUUGCAUACUUGCAUCGUUAUAUUUUUCAUUCUUAAACUGAAUGGCAAGUUCCAAACUGAAAUUUUCCGCAUCAAUUUUGACAAUUCCAUUUUCUCUCACAUUCUUUCAUCUUCAUUUCGGUAUUACCAGCGUUCUCUUUAAUUAUCUUAUGUCCUCCUUAAUUAUUUUCCUCAAAAUUUACAAUUGUUUCUUUUUUAUAUUAAUUUUUAGGUCUAAUUGAAUUAAACUUUGGCUUCAUUCCAAAUAAAAUAAACUUUUUAAACUUAUAUGGAAUGUGAAAUGCAAUUCGUUUUCUAUUUUUUUCGUCUAUAGAUGUUUUGCAUAAUGUGCACCUCAAUAUUAGUUUUUUUUUGGGAAUUUUUUUUAGGUGCCACUCUUAGACUGUUUAAAUUCAUAUAUUAUAAAUGAAUUGUUGUUUCAAUGAAUAUUUGAGCUGAACGAAGUUCUAGCAGAAAGAGUCUUUCUUGAGAUGAGUUCUGCACACCUAAACUUCAAGUGACAGUCAGAUAAAAACUAAAGAAGCAUAUUGAGAUUAAAUACAAGGGGAUGCUUUAA